AUGAGUCGUGAUUGUGACGUUCUUGUUAAAAGUGAACCACACAACUUUAAAAUUGGGGCCUCUUAUUGCACAAAUGUAAAAAUGAUGGUAACAGAUCAGACGAAGGAGCAAAUUUCUACUAUGUAUCAAAUGACAAUCAGUGAUUCUUGGUUACUUGCGAAACAUGAUAUAACCAUAAAUUUAUCAACUUUUUCUCAGUGCAUGUGCCUUGGAGAUAUUUUUGACUCGCCUACCAAUGAACUUAUCGUUGCUGAUUUUAGUCAAUACUUCGAAAAUAUUCAUUCUAACUUAGGAGGUUUUGAAUUUAAAAUCAAGAUAUUUAAGGGGACUAAACUCAUCAAUGAAUUACCAUACCUUGAAGCUCCUUCUGGAAUUAUUCCAUUUAAGUGUAAAGGGAACGACAAACAUUGUCUAGGUGGAUUAGCCAUUGCUGCUGGACCAUUUAUUUAUGUCUACUGUAAAUUAUCAUCAUAUUAUAAAUACACUCUACCUUCAUUGGAACCUAAUUUGGAUGAACUCAAACUAUGGGAACAAGCUAGAGAGGGUAAUUUGACACCAGAUGAAUUACGUGAAAAACUUAAGCAAAUUGGAUCUGAAAUGCAUAAGCUAACUCCAAGAUCUAUACGGUAUCUGCAAUUACCCGGCGACUUAUUACACGAAUUUUUCAACACUUAUCGAAUGAUUCCACUUCAAAAGCAAACUGUAGCAACGUGUUUGACUAAAAUGAGUAAACAACACAGUGGACCUAAUUCCUGGGACUGUUUAAUCGUUGGCACAGAAUCUUGUUUUGUUUAUAUUUACGAUUGUGUAUCACACAAUAAUUUAUGUGAGGUUGAGUUACCAUCUGUCCCAGUUCAUUUAAACGCAAUAGGAUCCUUCGAUAUUGACUAUCAUAUUUUAGUGACAUGUCGUAAUGGAAUAAUUUACUCCAUAAAACGUGGAGAAGCCAACGCUAAGGUUUAUGUUGAAACUGGGUCACAGAUUAUCGGUUUACUUCGUACAGAAAAAGCUGUUAUAGUUGCUUGUAUGGAUCAAACAGUUAAAGGAUUUUCACUGGAGGGUCGACCAAUUUGGAGAGUAAGACAUUCGUGCGAAAUUUUAACAAUAACUCCAAUUAAUUUUAAUAGUUCAAACAAUAGAAAUCAUGAAAUUUAUUAUAUCAUUUGUUUAUCAGAUGGUUCAGUCCAGAUCUACUGUGAUCAACAUUUAUGUGACAAAUGCAUUAUAUGGGUUCCUUCUACUCAGAAUACUAGCGCUGAGGAUAAUAAUAGUAAUCCUUCAAACAAUAUUACAUCUGGUAAUUCAGGUACUAUAAAGGUGACAGAAACUGAACAGAACAACAAUCAACCACGUAAACUGAUUGGUUAUCACUUAGCGAAACCUGAUCCAAUUGUUGCCUGCUGUUUUGGGAAGUAUGACAGAGAAAUCAAUACACUAAUACUAGUAUCUCAAGCUGGGCACAUGUUAAUCUUAAUUGCUAAACGUACAGCUAAUUUUAUUCCGAUGGAUGUGAUUACCUCUCGUACAAUCGGUAAACUUGAUAAUUUGAAUAUCCCUAAAAAGUCAAAUUUGUAUAUGGAUUUAACAACCCGUGAACAAUUAAAUGCACCACAAAUGUAUCGUCAAUUUGUGAAUGAUUUACGCUUUGUAAAGCGAUCAAUUUCAUCCACCUUUCUUAAUAUGUUAGAAAAUCAUUCUAAUCCCAUUCCGAUUUCUGGUUAUGGUGAACAAAUUAAAUUAAAUGUCCAGGUUCAGGGUCUUGGACCUGAAUUUACUUUGAUUUGUGAGAUAGUUCAAAUAAAAAGCAAUACAAUGUCAACUUUGAAGGGUUUGUAUAUUUUAAUAUUAUUCAAUGCUUCAGUUUAUCAAGUGAAUCCGGUUUUGAUUCCAUUGGCUACAAUUUAUCCUUGUUUCAAAUACCGUUACACUUCUUCCAUCACUUUGAUUCAUGAAACAUUAAAUGAAGAAGAAAUAAAGGUUCUUGUUAUCAAUAAGCAGAGUUCUAAUCCAAUAAUUUCUUCUUCAGUGAAAAUGCCAAUCAGUGAGCUAUCGAUGGGAUAA